AUGUCUCAGUACGAACAAACCUCACUAUGGUGGCCCGAAGAGCGUAUCAAAUCUACCCUGGACGCAAAGUACAUCGUCAGUCGUCUGCGACCAGAGAAUAUCCCGCGUCUCUUUGAAUUACCGGACUGGGGCGAAGGUUUGACCAGUGAGACGUACAUGGAAUGGAUCCUCACAAAGGCCGGCCGUGUUUUCAUGAUCCUGGAUGCUAUCGGCAUUCCCGAUCGGAUUUUCGCGCUAGUCGACGAAUCCUGUGACGAUGAUGAUCUACCCGUCGCGGAACAUAGUGUCGAUUUACUACAUCUAUCCCCCGAUGGAGAAGACCUUGCUCUCGAAGCCAGUUUCUUCCAUGCCCAAUGGCGCUUCCUGGUCCGUGGGAUAGAUGAGGGAGACCAUGUCGUGUAUACCGAGAAUGAGGGUGUCCCGGUCGAGACGGUACGCACUAAUACCGGCAGCGGGAUACACGGACGUGAUGAUACGGUAGACAGGGUAGUCCUCGCCGGCUCCGUCUGUCGAGUCUACAUGCGAACCCAAGUGCAAGUUGGCGGUGCACCGCAUUUCUUCUCUGCUGAUGAGGUUCUUGCUGAGAUCCGCAGCUUGAAAAAGUUGUCACACGAGCAUAUUGUCUCUGUCUUCGCUUCAUAUCUGAAAGACGACAGCGUCUCAGUGCUUUUCACGGGCGCCACGGCAGAUCGAAACCUACACAGUUUCCUAACAGAUGAGCCGAUGUCCUUCAAACGACUAGAAAAAGAGCCACGUCGUCAGAUCUUGAUCACCUGGCCCCACUGCCUUGCAUCUGCAGUCUGCUGGCUGCAUGCACGCGGCCACUCCCACGGCGCAAUCCGCCCAUCCAACAUCUUCAUCGACGCAAACUUUAACAUCUGCCUCGGUCAAUUCCAAGCACUCGACUCCCUCCUGAUACCACCACAAGUCAACGACCUUGAGGCAUACAACUACUCCGCCCCAGAGCGCUGGACUCGUCCUGCAGCUCCAGUCAUCCCGCAAAAGCCAGCACAGCCCUCCCAAACCCUCCUUCAAUCUGGAGGACGUACAAAGCGCAGACAACGACCAACCCGUCUAGCCCUAGCCACAUUGAACGAAAGCCCACCAGCAUCCCAAGACGGUACAAGACCAAACUCCGCGGCCUCAAAAGGCACAGUAAUCCGCAUCGGCUCACCAACGCGCUUCUCCUUCGCCUUCUCAUCCUCCUCUUCAUCCUCCGAGGCCUCCUCAGCAGCAUCAUCAACCCACACAGACGCAACAGCAACAUCCCCGCAACCAAUAAAACACCGCAUCUCAUCCUUCUGGUCCCGAAGAAACAAACAUACCCCCUCAGCCCCAUCAAUAAUCUCAACCUCCACAUCCUCCUCCUCAAACACAUCAACCAUAACAUCCCCAAAUCCCCAUACCUCCCCUUCAUCAACCCUCUUCCCAAACCCACCCUCCUCCCUCCGCCACUCCAAAUCCGCCCAAUCCCUAGCACCAUCAUUCACAAGACCCCUAACCUCCCACACCUCCCACACAUCUUCCUCUGAACCCCAACCAAACCCCCACACCCCAGCAGACAUCUUCUCCCUCGCAGCAAUAACUCUCGACAUCCUAACAACGCUACACAAAAGAACCCUCACAUCCUUCAGCACGCACCGCAGCGCCCGGAACCGGUCCGCCGGCCGCGGCGGCGGGAUAGCAGAUGCAUCGUUCCAUCUCGCGCGGAAUGCGGUGCAGGUUCAAUCGUGGAUUGCAUUGUUAGAGGGUGAUGCCUUGAAACGUUGUCGACGGGAUCGACGCUCCGAUCGUGCUUUCUGGGCUGUGCCGAAGAUGUUGAUUGUUGUGCGGUCCAUGCUUGAUUUUGAGGGUGAGAAGAGGCCGCUUGCGAAGCGGGAAAAACGGGGGAAGGGGGAAGGAUUGAAGGGAUCUAAGGAGGAGAAGGAGAAGGAGUGGGGACAGAAAGAUUGGGGACAAAGACAUGGGAAUGGGGGGUUGGAGGCUAUUCGGGAGACGGGAGUUGGGAAGAGUGCUUUUUCUGUUGCUUCUUCGGCUCCGAUGGGAGUUUCUGAGUCUGACUCGGUUUGCGGGUCGGUUUCGGAGUUUGAUUUCGGGUUUGGGGAUGCUGGGACUGAGAGCGAGAGUAAUGUUGAGGAAGGGGAAUUUGUUGAUUUUGAGAUUGAGGAAGAUGAUAUUUCGGAGUUUGAAGAGCCGGAGAUACGAGUGGAACAAGUCUCGCCACAGCUGUAUCUGCCAGAGUUGGAUAUGAACAUUACUGGGAUAGAAGGGUUGACGUUUCAUAAGUAG